AUGCGAUAAUUUGUCUCCUCGUCAGCACCAAGUGGAGGCUAAACUUUAUCGCGCCGCUAAACCUCCGCUAAGCCUCCAUCGCGUGUCUCAAAGUAUCAGAUCCAUCCUCCCGAUCCCUCUCGGCUUCUGCUGAGUUUAGCGCCCGAAUAUAUGUAGGACGACCCGACUGACACUGACAUACUUUCCAGUCAACAAGUAAGCACAUAACGCCCACUUCCUCCUUGAUUCUUCUCACCACAACCGCACACAUCAAACCACAAUGGAAACAAGCCAAACCCCCGAGAUAACCCUCUACCGCGCCUUCCCCUGGCAAGGACAAUACACCUGGUCUCCAUUCGUGACGAAACUCGAAACCCGUCUGCGCUUCGCGGGGAUCUCGUACCGCACGGAGUCAGGCUCGCCACUCAGCAGUCCCCGCGGGAAGGUCCCGUACGUGGAUAUCAGAGACCGCACGACGGGCGCAACGACCACUAUCUCCGAUUCGGCGCUGAUCACAAAGCAACUCGUGGAGGACGGGUUGGUUCCAGACAGCAAUGCCGACCUAGAGCCGGAGAAGAAGGUGCUGGAUGCGGGCGUGCGGGCGAUCUUGGAAGAUCGAUUCUAUUUCCUCAUGAGUCACGAGAAAUGGAUUGAGAACUACUAUGAGAUGCGCAAGCAUGUUCUGCACGCCUUUUCGUACCCGGCGCAGGUUGCGUUGGGGUACUUCAUAUAUCGCAAGCGGGCGCAGAUGCUGUAUGAGCAGGGGACGAUGCGAUUCACGGCAGAAGAGCUGAAGGGCUUCAAGGAAGAGGUCUGGAGAUAUCUGAAUGCGUUGCUGGUCUCUCAAAAAGCGAAGCAGGCGGGUGAUGAGCCGUUCUGGGUGCUUGGGGGAGAGCAUCCGACCGAGGCCGAUGCGUGUCUGUUCGGAUUUGUUGUUGGGGCGUUGAUCUGCUCUGCCUGUCCCGAGACUCAAGCGAUCGUGAAAAGCCACCCUGUGGUGGUUGAGUAUGCGCAACGCAUUCAUGAACGCUUCUUCCCGGAUUAUGUUUACUGGGAGUGAUGGGCCGCCGGUUUGCUUCCUUCCCAGCUUAUCAUUACUUAAUUGUCUACACCUUUCCAGUUGCCAUAUAUAAUGAUAAUGUGCUUUGCCCAAUCAAUGCAUUCAAGAAUUCAUCAUAUCCCCCGCCCACCAUCAACCUCCAGGAUUGUGCCUGUAACAAAAGAGCUCUGAUCGGAUGCGAGAUACCAAGCAGCAUUGCUCACAUCCUCAGGUCUUGUCAAUCUCUUCAGGGGUAUCAUUUCCUCCACCUUAGCUCGUCUCUCAGCUGCAUCGUC